GACGUUUCAUAACAAGGAAGUAACUUUGGAAGGAACAUGAGUCGCUAAAUUCCUGUAAAAUUAAAUGUUUGUCCGGAACGCAGUGGUAGAUGUAAACGACGGUAGUUUGUUGAAGCUAAAGCUUUAAAAUGUGUGUUGUCAGAGGUCUCCAUAAAAAAUACUAGCAUAUUUGAGACGAUGCUAGUAGCUCUCUGGCUAAACGCUAACGUUAGCUAACGAAAUUACAGCAACUGGUGUUUCAAACAGCUAGCGUCAACGCUAACUUAGACUAAGUAGCCAUAUCGGAUAUUUAGACGAAUAAAGUAUAUUUAGAUACCUUUUUAGCUCCAUAGUACGGUUUGCGGUUGGGGUGUCUUUAUUUAUAUUCGUUUAGGUAGUAAAUUAAAGUAGCCUUUUCAUAGAUAAUGGAGCAAUAAAACGUAUGCUAGUUGUUAUUGGUGGCUCCCAGUGGUGGAAAGCUAGAUUAGCUGCAUUUAUGCAAGUACUGUUACACUUCGACAUUCUACUUAUUCGUCUACAGUAACGUUACAGCACAAUUCGUUUAGCAUUACUUUUAGUAAUAGAGUAGUAGUACACUGCAUUAUGUAUACUACGCUACAUUUAGAAGAAAAAUAUAGCUACUUUUCACUCCAGUACGCUAUUUGACGGCGAAAGUAACAAGUUACUUUGUAGGUUCAGGUUUAAAACCCUAAUGCAUCAACAACAUUCGAAGAAUAUUAAUAAUAAAAUAACACUAUAAGAGGAGCUUUCCAGCAAAACAAGUAUUUUUCCUCGAGUACAUUUAUCUUAUAAUACUUUUAACUGCAGGGCAUCAACCGGUAUUUUAAUUCUGUGGUAUUACUGCUUUUGAAGGAUCAGUGUACUUCUUCCACCACUGCUGUUUGCCUUAUGAUGGCGACUAGCUUGCAGUCAUAGUUUACCCUUGUGUCUAGCAACAUCAUAGCUUACAGUGCAGGUAUAUUUAAAGCACCUGCUCAGUCUGUGGAAAUGUCCAAUCUCCACACACUGUUAGUGUUCGCUCUGGUAGCAGCAGCCAGCUUCACACCUGUACACCUCCUGGAGUUCUGCCAAAGUAGUGACCAUAGCUGCCACAGUCCUGACAAAACAGCAUCAGACGCUGGCAAAUCCAGGUGGAACAUGAAUGUUUCAAACCUCAUACAGGACCUGGACCUAUUCAGCAUGUCCUGCAAGAAGCUCAUAGAAGCAUUUCCAGUCGAUGAGGUUGAUGGCAACUUUGUUCGCAUUGUAAAGAACUGCAUAUUCUCCAAAUCCAUUCCAACGCCACUGAAAGGCCCAUUAAGACUGGCAGCAGUUUCCAAGGAUGUCAUUGAAGGGAUCUUAAAUUUAGACAUGGCUGUAACGCAGUCUGAUGAGUUCCUGCAUUAUGCCAGUGGUGGCAGACUGCUACCAGGAUCUGUGCCUCUUGCACACAGAUAUGGAGGUCAUCAGUUUGGCUAUUGGGCAGGUCAGCUGGGCGAUGGUCGGGCACAUUCCCUUGGUCAGUAUACCAACAGGAAAGGAGAAGUAUGGGAACUGCAGCUUAAAGGCUCUGGCAAAACACCUUAUUCAAGGUCAGGAGAUGGUCGAGCGGUGAUCCGUUCUUCUGUCAGGGAGUUCCUGUGCAGUGAAGCCAUGCAUUUCCUGGGUGUUCCAACCAGCAGGGCUGCCAGUCUCAUUUUAAGUGAUGAGCCCGUGAUGAGGGACCAAUUCUAUGAUGGCAAUGCGAAGACAGAGAGAGGAGCUGUCGUUCUUCGGUUAGCUAAGUCAUGGUUUCGGAUAGGAUCUGUAGAAAUUUUGGCUCAAAGUGGAGAGAUAGAUCUCCUGAGAAAGCUGUUGAACUUUGUGAUUGAAGAACAUUUUUCUUCAAUCAAUUCAGAUGACCCAGAUAAAUAUUUGGUGUUUUAUUCCACAGUCGUAAAUGAAACAGCACACCUGAUUGCCCAGUGGAUGUCAGUCGGGUUUGCACACGGUGUGUGCAACACGGACAACUUCAGUCUCCUCUCUGUCACCAUUGACUACGGACCGUUUGGCUUCAUGGACUCGUAUAACCCCAAUUUUGUCCCCAACACAUCUGAUGAUGAGGGCAGAUACAGCAUAGGAGCUCAGGCCAACGUCGGACUGUUCAACCUGGAGAAACUCCUGACGGCUCUCAGUCCUGUGCUUUCUAAAACACAGCAGAAAGAGGCUAAAAUUAUUUUAAAAGGAUACGUUAAUAUUUACCAGAUGAGGAUUCAUCAGUUAUUCAAAGCUAAACUGGGCCUUCUAGGUGAAAAGGAGGAUGAUGACUACCUCAUUGCCUUCCUCCUGAAGAUGAUGGAGGACACACAGUCAGACUUCACCAUGACCUUCAGGCAGCUCAGUGAAGUCUCAGCCCAGCAGCUUCACAACAAGAACUUCACACAGACGUGGGCUCUUGAAGACCUGUCGUCUCACGAGCUCUUAUCUGAUUGGCUCAGCAUGUACCUGCUCCGGCUCAGUGGACAACAAAAUUAUAGCGAUUUGGACCGUCAAGACAGGAUGAAAAAUGUGAAUCCUCGAUAUGUGCUGAGGAACUGGAUGGCAGAGUCUGCAAUUAGGAAAGCUGAGAUAAAUGAUUUUUCAGAGGUGGAGCUGCUGCACCACAUCUUGUCCUUUCCCUUUGUUACACAAGAGACUGCAGAGGAGGCGGGCUAUGCAGCAAGACCACCAGUGUGGGCUGAGAGGUUAAAGGUCAGCUGUUCCUCUUGAGUGAGCCCUGGAUGUAGAAAAAUACUACAAUGAAGAAGAAUUACAACCUAACCCUGCUUUUAUGCUACAUUUUGGUCAAUUCUGUCAUGUCUGUGGAAUAUAUUUGGUCCAAAAUGUCAAGGUCAUGGCUGGUUAAUGCUCUUUACUACAAAGAUUAUCCACUAUGAGUGGUUACAAUGACUAACAAGAAUUAAAUGCAGUUCUCAGCACCACAGUGGAAUUAAACUCUAAUUGUAUUUUGCUCAUAAAAUUGUAUUUUGACUGCUUGACACAAACAUCUUGUGAUCCCAUACUGGCAACAAAAUAAAUACAAUACACUGUG